CCGUAAAUCUCAGUUAUCUUAAAAAUGCCGCUGCUCAACAUGAAGGAGAAUGGAGGGAGAAAUACAAUAAAGCUCGUGAAUAUCUCUCUUCUCAAAUUGGAGAUGCCGAUGCUGAAAAAGAAAUUUUAGAAGUCACGGAUAAAUAUGUAGUUGAUAAAGCAACACACAAAGUCAUUGAAGACCAUAAACAAGAAGUAAUUGCCGUUGAAAAAGAGAAAAAAGAAAAGAGACAAAGCCUUCUUGGAGAUAUAACUGGUGGCAUAACGAGUUUAUAUAAAACCACAUCUGAAGCAACUAGGGAUCUUGGAAAACAUAUAGGACAAGCUCUCACUUUUGACACCGAUGAACACGAUCAUCAAGAAAAAGCAGCUGCUCUAAUAGUUGUUCAAUCAAGUACCACUCCUGAAAAUACAAAAUCGAUCGUUACAACACAAAAGAAUGAUGGAAGCUUCGAAUUAAGCCAGACUAUAGUUAAAGAAUUAGACGUUCCUGCAAAAGAAGUCGUGGCAACCAUUCAGGCUUAUACUACCAAUGAAAAACUAAAGAAACCUGAAUCAGCUUCAUGGUGGAAAACAGCAUUAACUCUUAGUUACCUUAAGAAUGCUGCAUCACAACACGAAGGAGAAUGGAGAGAUAAAUAUAAUAAAGCGCGAGAAUACCUUACUUUACAAAUUGGUGACGCAGAGACCGAAAAAGAAUUGCUUGAUACUACAGAUAAAUAUGUGGUUGAUAAUGUAACUAAGAAAGCAAUUGUUGAGAAAAAGAAAACCGCAAUAAUUGCUAUCCAAUCUCAUACAACACCCGAGACC